AUGGCCACCAUCAUUUUAAGGUCUAAUGAAGUGGUUCAUGCCUUGGGCUUCUUCUGUAUCUUGUUGAUGGUGCACAAUUGUGGUGCCUAUGAAUUUGUAGUUGGAGGCCUAAAGGGUUGGAGUGUCCCAAGUGACCCCAAUUCCAACCCUUAUAGUCAAUGGGCACAAAAGAGCAGAUUUCAAAUAGGAGACUCCCUAGUGUUCAACUACCCUUCUGGGCAUGACUCAGUGAUUCAAGUAAGUAGCCAAGACUAUGCCAGUUGCAACACUGAUGCAUACAAUGAAAAAUUCUCAGACGGCCACACAGUCAUCAAGCUCAACCAAUCUGGGCCUCACUACUUCAUCAGUGGAAACAAAAACAACUGUCUCAAAAAUGAGAAACUGGUGGUCAUUGUGCUGGCUGACAGGAACAAUAAAUACACAAACACCAGCCAAACAAGUCCUUCUCCUUCUCCGUCUCAAUUAACAACACAAUCAUUAGCUCCUUCCCCAACACCUUCUCAGCAACAGGUUCCAUCUCCAAAGGCAGCACCUCCUCAGCAAGAGGCUGCUUCUCCACCAUCUCCACCAUCAAACCAAACUCCAGCUCCAGCUCCUGUUAGUGAUCAACCUACUCCUCCAUCUCCUCCUCACAAUGCUGCUUCUUCAAUCUUGGUCAGUUUUGCUGGUUCUGUUGGAGCAUUUAUGGCAUCAGUUCUGGUUUUUUCUUUCUAA